CGUUGCAAUCGACGAGCAAGGCGAACCAGGCAGCCUCCGUUCCACAGCUUCAACGUCGGUUUCUGUAGCUCGAAGAUGAGUCAAGCAACAACAGGCAGCAACGGCGCAGCCCGUUCCGGCAAGACCAACAAGACGGACCAAAAGCGUCGUUCUUGGUCCAUUCACGAAGAACAAGUGUUGCUCGCAUCCUUGAAAGAACUUGUUGCAAACGGUUGGAAAUCCGACAACGGAUUUCGGGGCGGGUAUUUGAACAAGCUUGAGGAUGCCAUGAGGAAGGAGUACCCCAACACUGACUUGAAGGGAAUGCCCCACAUCAACUCCAAGGUGACAACAUGGAAGAAAACAUACUAUUCACUUUGGAACAUUCUCAAAGUUAGCGGGGUUGGCUUCAAUGUCAACGGGAAGCAUAUGAUUGACUGCGAUGACGAGCAGUGGCAAAACUUUGUGGCUGCCGAUAAGAAUGUUACCAAUUUUCGUUACAAGAGUUGGCCGUAUCUCGAGGAUUGGAAGGUUAUCUUCGGCAAGGAUAGAGCAACGGGCGAAGAGGCGGAGGACCUAAUGGAGGCGGCGCAUGAGAUGUACCGGAAGUUGAGUGGCAGCCCGCUCAAUGAUGGUGGUGAUUACCAUGUCUCCCUCGACGACAUAUUUGAAAAUGACAUGACGGGGGACAAUGUAAGCCAAACCCUCCCUCAAGAAGAAACCAUACCGAUUGAACGGGAGACUCCAACAACAAGCAAGAAAAGGCGCCGUAGUGGAGGUUUCGAAGAGAAGUUUUUCGAGGCAUUGCACGAGGUUGGGCGGGGCGCGGAAUCACGACUAGAUACUAUUUCAUGUCGAAUGGGGUACGACUUUGAUGUAUCCAAGGCGCGCAAAGAAGUGAAUGCCAAGUUGAGUGGAAUACCCGGUCUCUCACAACACGACAAGUUUGUUGUAUGCAAUAUGCUUGCGGAGAAAACGGAGUACCUCGACAUCUUUUCAAGCCUCUCCGAGGAUGAGAAGGGAGCAUAUGUCAUGUUCCUUCUUGGUACGAAGAAUGACAAUUGA